AUGGAUUUCUAUUCCAAAGUCGACAAUUCACGCCCUUUUCGCUCGGUGAAAGAGGCCGUUGCCAUUUUCGGCGAGAAGUUCUUACCCGGAGAAAUCUAUACACCAAACUCCUUCACUUUUCCAAAACAAGAAACCCCAUAUUUUUCACCAACCCCGCAAAAUCUCCAAGAACGCUCAUUGAAAUCCUCGCCUAGUCCCAGAUAUAUCAUUUACAGCAAUGAAAGUUCCCUUGUCGACACUGUAAAAAAGCUCGAAUUCGAGCUCGAGAAGACAAAAACAGAACUGAAUUUACUCAAAGAAAGAGAGAUCGAAACUGAGGUAGCAUUCGCUUCAUUGAAUGCUGAGCUGCACAAGAACAUGUCAAAGCUAGCGAAGGCCGAGGCGGCCAUGGCAGCCAAGGCUGCUACCGCAGCAGUAGCUUCAUCAAGAUCAGUUAAAACUUCACAAAGUUUAGCUCAAUUUCUGAUUGCUGCCGGGGAGAGGGAAAAAUUAUUUAGAGGGAGGAAAAGGGAAGGAAAAGUUAUGAUAAAAAAAGUGAAACCAAUAAUUCCUCUUGUGGGAGAUUUGUUUUCAAGGAAAAAGGGCUCAUCUACAAGUAUGCAUAAUCCUCUUUAUGCAUCUUCUCUUCUGCAGUACUGGAAUUGA